CCACAAUAUACGUAUUUCGACUAGCUGAGGGAUAUUAUCGAUAUGGCGAAUCAGGCUCCUAAUAAAGUUCAAGAGCGCCUCACGCAGGUUGCAGACCACAUCACCGGCGGGUCUGCAAGCAGCAGCAGCAAAGCGAAGACAGGCAGAGACAGUCUAUUGGAAAAGCAUGACGACGACAUCGUCGUGACCUGCGCGCUCCGCACGCCCAUCACAAAAGGCGGCAAAGGCGGCUUCAAAGACACGCACCCCGCCGACCUCCUAACCGGCACUCUAAAAGCGCUCAUCCAACGCUCCGGCAUCGACCCCUCCCUCGUCGAAGACAUCGCCGUCGGCACCGUCCUCGCCCCCGGCGGCGGCGCAACAGAAUUCCGCGCCGCCGCCCUCGCAGCCGGCUUCCCCGUCUCCGCCGCAGUCAAGGGCCUCAACCGCCAGUGCUCCAGCGGCCUACAGGCGUGCGUCGACAUCGCCAACGCGAUUAAAUCCGGCAUGAUCGAUAUCGGCAUCGGCGCCGGCGCAGAGAGCAUGAGCACCCAGUACGGCCCGCAAGCCGUGACGGAAUUCAGCCCCGCGCUGGAAGCCCACACCGAGGCCGCAAACUGCAAAGUCAGCAUGGGCGUGCUAUCCGAAGCCAUGGCGAAAGAAAAGGGCGUCUCGCGCGCAGAUCAGGACGCCUUCGCCGCAUCCUCGUUCCAGAAAGCCGUCGCCGCGCAGCAGCAAGGCCUGUUUGACGCCGAGAUCGUGCCUCUAACGGUCAAGUGGACGGACCCCAAGACGGACGAGGAGAAAAGCAUAACCGUGUCCCGCGACGACGGCGUGCGCGAAGGCAUCACCCCCGAAUCCCUCGCUAAAAUCCGCCCGGCGUUUAGUAAAUCAGGCUCGAUUCACGCCGGCAACGCGUCGCAGAUCUCCGACGGCGCUGCGGCCGUCCUGCUCAUGAAGCGCUCUACCGCCGUCCGCCUCGGCCAGACUAUCGUGGGGAAAUACGUACAGUCGUCUAUCGUCGGCGUCGCGCCGCUGCUCAUGGGCGUGGGUCCCGCGGCCGCUAUCCCUGUCGUGCUGCGCAAGACGGGCUUGCAGACUGCGGAUGUGGAUAUCUGGGAGAUUAACGAGGCGUUUGCGAGUCAGUGUCUUUACUGUAUUAACGAGCUGGGGAUCCCUAGGGAGAAGGUUAAUCCUAAGGGCGGGGCGAUUGCGUUUGGGCAUCCGUUGGGGGUUACGGGGGCGAGGCAGGUUAGUACGCUGCUUACGGAACUGAAGAGGACGGGGCAGAGGGUCGGGGUUACGAGUAUGUGUAUUGGGACGGGGAUGGGGAUGGCUGCUGUUUGGGUUGCGGAGUAGAUGGAGAAUGCUUGUGAUGAUAUGUUUUUGUGUCUGUUGGGUGUUGGUGAUGGGGUUGUUGGAUAAAAUCAUAUCGUAGUCUUUUCUUUGACUAGCAACUUUUCAUCACAAUAAGCUAUUCGUUGGUGACUGCCUGCGAUGAAAGUCCCAGGAGGGGUGGUACAUGUGUAUGUUUAUUCAUCUUCAUCAUCACUCAACGCCUUCAGGAAUAGUCAAGCCUAACGUUUAUUCAGACAAAACUACCAUGUUCGAAUAUAAUAUACAGAUCAUAAAAUGCUAUAC